GCUAGCAGUGGGAAGCGCAAAAGGGGGCGUGGCUCAGCCGGCAAAACAAAAAUUUAUUCCACGUCAAAUUUUCGAAUCUCAAAACACAAAUAAUCUCUUCUUUUUUGCUCUAAUACCGAUUCUCAUACAUUAUUAUUUUCCACGAUGGCCGUCUCGAGCGGAACUUCCUUUGCCUUGGCUUCAAUUUUCAGCAUUUUGCUUUUCUCCGGCAUGCAAAUGUACAAGCAGUGGCUGGCUGCCUCGCAAGUGCAGACCAUCUUUGGAGGCUAUCUAGGAUCAGUCCUUUUCAUUUUGUCUUUGACGGCUAUUGGCAAUUUGGAAGCAUUGAUGUUUGGCAAGGACUUUCAGACAAAACUACCUGAAGUUAUUAUUUGCUUGGUUGGGUCGGUCUUUGCUGCAGGAAUGAUUCAUCGCGUUUGCACAACCACUUGCCUGAUUUUCUCUCUCAUUUCGCUGUACUUUGUCAACAACAUUUCCCAAAAGACGUACACCGUCACGUCAGCUGUACAGCCACAACUUUUCAAAAAGAAGAAAUAAGCAAUUACUGUUUAAAAGAAUAAUAAAAGAUCUUUGUGCAUUUAUGUAUAUGAUUCUGAAAUGUAAGGUUUUGCAGUGCUCCUGAUUAAGAGAGAAUUUGCGUUGAACUCCUUUGUGUAAAUUUUUUUCAAUUUAAUGUUGAAUAAUUUCCUACAUUAAUUGUCAAAAUUAUCAAUAAAUAUGUAUUGAAAAGUUUU